GAGAGGGGCUGCUAUUUUUCCCAUGUUCUUCACACCCCAAGAGAGAGGAGAGAGAGAGGUGCAACCCCAGCCCAGAGACCCAAACCCAGACCCCAAAUAAAUAUAUCCUUUGUCUCACUCCUCAGGUUGAGAGAGAGAAAGGAAGAAAAUGGGGAGUUGUGAGAGCCUCUUCUGGUCUCUCAUCCUCACUCUCUCUACUGCAAUCAUAACUUACAACAUCAUAGUCUCUGCAAAUGCUUCUCUCAACCAAGAGCUACCUGGAACCUCUCCGUCUUCAACUUCAAUUGACCCAUUGAUCAGAAUGCCUGUUGAUACUCGCUUUAGAAAUGGAGGAGAGAGGAACAAAAAGAGACUAUUCCACACUGCCGUGACUGCAUCAGACAGUGUCUAUAACACUUGGCAGUGUAGGAUUAUGUAUUACUGGUUCAAGAAAUUCAAGGACAUGGAGGGCUCUGAGAUGGGUGGAUUUACUAGGGUGCUUCACUCUGGGAAGCCUGAUGCUUACAUGGACGAGAUACCCACUUUCGUUGCUGACCCACUUCCUGCUGGCUCUGAUCAGGGAUAUAUAGUUCUUAAUAGACCAUGGGCAUUUGUUCAAUGGCUUCAGAAGGCAGACAUCAAAGAAGACUACAUACUAAUGUCAGAGCCAGACCAUGUAAUUGUCAAACCUAUACCCAAUCUUUCAAGAGAUGGGCUUGCAGCUGCAUUUCCUUUCUUUUAUAUAGAGCCAAAGAAAUACGAAACUGUGUUGAGGAAGUUCUUCCCUGAAGACAAAGGCCCCAUCACAAAUAUCGAUCCUAUAGGGAAUUCCCCUGUUAUUAUAGAAAAGGCAUCUCUUAAGAAGAUUGCUCCAACAUGGAUGAAUGUUUCCUUGGCGAUGAAGAAGGAUACAGAAGCUGAUAAAGCCUUUGGAUGGGUUCUUGAGAUGUAUGCUUAUGCUGUUGCAUCUGCCUUGCAUGAUGUGGGUAAUAUCCUUUACAAGGAUUUCAUGAUUCAGCCUCCUUGGGACAAAGAAGUUAGCAAGAAGUUCAUUAUACAUUAUACAUAUGGGUGUGACUAUGAUAUGAACGGUCACUUAACAUAUGGAAAGAUUGGGGAGUGGAGGUUUGACAAAAGAUCAUAUGAGAAUAAACCACCUCCAAGAAACCUAACACUGCCACCACCUGGAGUUCCUGAAAGUGUGGUGACCCUAGUGAAAAUGGUGAAUGAAGCAACAGCAAAUAUUCCUAACUGGGGAGUGUCUGCCUAACUUUUUGAACUUAAAUUCUAAUAGCCUUCAAUUUUCCUAUUGAAUUGAAUUAGAUCAUAUGGAAGGCUUCAGUUUCAAACAACUUUCUUUUUGAGUUUUCUUUCUAUGUAUAAUAAUCAAACAUGUUUAUGGUCCCAGUUUUUGAUAUCACUAUGUACCUUAUGACUGUUUUUUUUGGUUUUCAAAAAGCAAUGAAAUAUGUUUUAUGCAGCAAAAAGAUUCAAGACAAGAUAGAAUACAA